AUGGUGAUAGGUCAAUUAUUGGAUCCAAAGCUACUCAAACAUUUAAAUCAACCAUAUUAUAUCUACAACUUUAUAUCUGUCUCGCUGUAUCCUGUACUUAGAAUACUUGGAUAUCUAGAUAAACCAUCAAAUGAAAAGUUAACUAUGAUGUAUACAUUCUUUGCAAUCUUUGUAAAGGUUGUAAAAGCAAGAAGAAGGUUAAGGUUUGAUCAAUCAAUGUCUACAUCUCUACUGAUCGUAAAACUUUCAACUCUUUAUCUUUUAUAUCAAAUCGAUGCAUACUAUCAUAUUGUAGUUUAUAUAAUAAUUAAUGCUUUAAUAUUUACAUUUUAUACUGAUCCUAUUUACAAGGGACCUUCAUCUGUUGAAUAUUUGAAUCCAAUAUCUUUGGAUGAUAAAUUGAGUACGAGUAGAAAGAAAGAGGUUGAUGAUUAUUGGUUGAUACAACUUUAUGCAUUAUGGUCUCCACCUUGUACCUAUCUGGCACCUAUAUUCUCACAACUAUCUACCGACUAUACAAACAUACAUUUCGGAAAGAUUGAUAUUGGUCGAUGGAAACCAUUGGUACAUCAAUUCCGUAUCGAUGAUUCUGCACAAACCAAGACAAUACCAACAUUGAUCCUAUUUAAAAAUGGAAAAGAGAUAAUGAGACUUCCUCAUCGAGACAAUGAGCAUAGACUUGCAUUCGAUCCGACAAUAGAAAAUACUGCAUUAACCAACUUUAAACCAAAUAUUUUGGAAAUUACAAGCCAAGUUGUUAAAGAAUAUUUCCAACUAGAACAAUUAAAUUAUGAUGUAAAGAAACAAUUAACAAAAUCAAAUAGAGAUAAAAAGUCUAAUAAUAAGAGUCAAGAAGAUAAAAAGAAUAAAUAA